AUCAACACUAGAAUUGACUAAUUUCGACUGUUCAUCAUGUGGUUGAAACUCAAAGAAUGUUCAACUUCCAAAUUGCUGGGAUAUUGUGAUUUUCUCUCUUAAUUGGUCACGCUUUCCCCUGUAAAUAGCUCACUCCCAAUUUGCUUGAAGAUCAUAAAUUGGACAGAGAUGGAGAAAAGAGCCCACGUGUUGGCAAUUCCUUACCCAAGCCAAGGUCACAUUAACCCCAUGCUCCAAUUCUCCAAGCGCUUGUCCUCCAGAGGACUGAAGGCAACCUUUGCCACCACCCUCUUCAUCUUCCAAACCAUGAAGCCUGAAUCAUUUGGCUCCGACAUCGAAAUCGACACAAUAUCCGACGGCUGUGACGAAGGUGGCUUCUCGGAAGCCGAGAGCAUCCAAGACUACCUCAAAGGGUUAGAAGCUGCUGGAUCAAAAACCCUAGUUGAGCUCAUCAUAAAGCAUAAAAACUCCUCCCAUCCUUUUGAUUGCAUAGUAUAUGAUGCUUUACUUCCGUGGGCUCUCGAUGUAGCCAAGCAAUUCGGCAUAGUCGGAGCAGCUUUUUUUACUCAGGCAUGUGCCGUUGAUUACAUAUACUAUUAUGCUUACCAUGGACUAUUGAGUCUUCCAGUUUCAUCGGUGCCUGUCUCCCUCCCUGGAUUGCCAUUGCUUGACCUCCGAGACCUGCCAUCGUACAUUUAUGUUGCAGGGUCAUAUCCAUCUUACUUUAAGUUGGUGUUGAACCAGUUUUCUAAUGCAGAGAAGGCGGAUUUCAUUCUUAUUAAUACCUUUUACAAGCUGGAACAGGAGGCUGUGGAUUCAAUGUCCAAAGUGAUCAGUCCAUUGUUAACAAUUGGUCCAACAAUCCCAUCCAUGUACUUGGACAAAAGAGUCGAGAAUGACAAGGAUUAUGAUCUAAAUCUCUUCAAACUAGACUCCACAAGCACUAAGUGGCUAAGCAACAAGCCACCGGGAUCUGUUGUUUAUGUCUCAUUUGGCAGCAUGGCUAACCUAAGCAUCAACCAGAUGGAGGAACUUGCCUGGGGCUUAAAGCAAACUAAUUUACAUUGCUUGUGGGUGGUUCGAUCAUCUGAGGUAGCCAAAAUCCCAAACAAGUUCGUGGAAGAGAAGGAUGAUAAGUGCCUGAUUGCUAAUUGGGUUCCCCAAACCGAAGUGCUAGCAAAUGAGGCUGUGGGGUGCUUUUUCACGCACUGUGGCUGGAACUCGACCAUCGAGGCUUUGUGCUUGGGAGUGCCAAUGGUGGCAAUGCCGCAAUGGACUGACCAAACCACGGAUGCUAAGUUUGUUGAGGAUGUUUGGAAGGUUGGGGUUCGAGUUAAGGUCGAUGAAAACGGGAUUGUGAGCAGAGACGAGAUUGAGUCUUGCAUCAGACAAGUAAUGGAAGGGGAACAAGCGAAAGUAAUGAAAGAAAAUGCUAGAAAAUGGAAGGAAUUUGCUGUUGAGGCAGUCAGUGAAGGAGGAAGUUCAGACAAGAACAUUGAUGAAUUGGUUUCUAAAAUGGUGACCAGAACAUACAGCUGAUCAUUAUUAUUUAUUUUUACUAAAAAUAUCAUUAGAAAUGAUAUAUAUUCCCAUGGCAUCGACAAAUCCGUGCAACCCGCCAAAUCGUCCAUUUUCGAGUCACUUGAGUUGGAAGAAAGUGAAACAACAAAUACCAUGGUUGAAUAUAUUUAACUUUCCGAAGCACUGAGUGAUUAAUCAUCGUUCCUUUCUGAUAAUUCAGGUUAUGUUUGAAUGGAUGUAGUAUAUUUGCUGCUAUUUCAGGUAAAUGCAACGAACCAUCCCUUGUUCAUGAUAUGCAAACAUAUCCAUCCUUCUUAGACGUGUUAAUUGUCAAA